ACAACUGCAGCACCUACGAAAACUGCAGCACCUACGACAACUGGAGCACCUACUACGACAACUGCAGCACCUACUACGACAACUGUAGCUCCCACAACAACUACUCCUGCAGUUCCUACGACAACUGCUGCUACUACGACAACUGCAGCACCUACGACAACUGGAGCACCUAUUACGACAACUGCAGCACCUACUACGACCACUGCAGUGCCUACUACAACAACUGUAGCUCCCACAACACCUACUUCUGCAGUUCCUACGACAACUUCAGCUACUACGACAACUGCAGCAUCUACGACAACUGGAGCACCUACUACGACAACUGGAGCACCUACUACGACAACUGCAGCACCUUCUACGACCACUGUGGCACCUACUACGACAACUGUAGCUCCCACAACAACUACUUCUGCAGUUCCUACGACAACUGCAGCUACUUCGACAACUGCAGCACCUACGACAACUGGAGCACCUACUACGACCACUGCAGCGCCUACUUCGACAACUGUAGCUCCCACAACAACUACUUCUGCAGCUGCUAUGACAACCUCAACCGCAACACCUUCUACAACUGCAGCUCCUACAACCACUAUGACUGCUGCAGAAACUACUACGACAACCACAACUGCACCUACAGCUACAACCACAACUGCAGAUCCUACUACAACAUCAGUUGUAGUUUCAAGCACUGCAGCAGCUGAACCUGCAACAACUGUAGGUCCUAGUACGACAACUGUAGCUCCUAAAACAGCUACAACUGCAGCAACUACUACAAUUGAAGCUACGACAACAACCACACCUUCCACUACAGCUACAACUGACGCUCCGACAACAACCACACCUACUACGACAGCUACACCUGAAGCUCCUACGACCACUACAACGACAACUGCAGCUUCUGCGACAACUGGAACACCUACUACGACAACUGCAGCACCUACUACGACCACUGCAGCGCCUACUAUGACAACUGUAGCUCCCACAACAACUACUUCUGCAGUUCCUACGACAACUGCAGCUACUACGACAACUGCAGCACCUACGACAACUGCAGCACCUACGACAACUGCAGCACCUACUAUGACAACUGCAGCACCUACUACGACCACUGCAGCGCCUACUACGACAACUGUAGCUCCCACAACAACUACUCCUGCAGUUUCUACGACAACUGCAGCUACUACGACAACUGCAGCAACUACGACAACUGGAGCACCUACUACGACAACUGCAGCACCUACUACGACCACUGCAGCGCCUACUACGACAACUGUAGCUCCCACAACAACUACUCCUGCAGUUUCUACGACAACUGCAGCUACUACGACAACUGCAGCACCUACGACAACUGGAGCACCUACUACGACAACUGCAGCACCUACUACGACCACUGCAGCACCUACUACGACAACUGUAGCUCCCACAACAACUACUUCUGCAGUUCCUACGACAACUGCAGCUACGACGACAACUGCAGCACCUAAGACAACUGGAGCACCUACUACGACAACUGUAGCUCCUAAAACAGCUACAACUGCAGCAACUACUACAACUGAAGCUACGACAACAACCACACCUUCCACUACAGCUACAACUGACGCUCCGACAACAACCACACCUACUACGACAGCUACAAUUGAAGCUCCUACAACCACUACAACGACAACUGCAGCUUCUGCGACAACUGGAGCACCUACUACGACAACUGCAGCACCUACUACGACCACUGCAGCGCCUACUACGACAACAGUAGCUCCCACAACAACUACUUCUGCAACAACUGGAGCACCUACUACGACAACUGUAGGUCCUAAAACAGCUACAACUGCAGCAACUACUACAACUGAAGCUACGACAACAACCACACCUUCCACUACAGCUACAACUGACGCUCCGACAACAACCACACCUACUACGACAGCUACAACUGAAGCUCCUACGACCACUACAACGACAACUGCAGCUUCUGCGACA